AUGGCGGCGGCGGGUCCGAGUCCUCGGGCCUCUUCCGCGGCGGCCGCGGCCGGUCUGAGCCGGCGGGGCCGGCGGGGCCGUUGCGACGACAUGGCGGCGGCGGCGGCGGCGACGAGUGGGGCUUCGGGCCCGGCGCCGGGCUCCGCGCUCCUGCUGCUGCCUCCGCCGCCGCCGGCGCCUCGGCCGGAGGAGCCGGGCUGCGCCGGGUGCCUGGCGGCCCUGGCCCUGGCCCUGCCCCUGCCGUGCGGCCACUCGCUGUGCCGGGGCUGCGCCCAGCGCGCCGCCGGGUGCCCGCGCUGCCGAGCCCGAGGCCGUCGGGCCCGCCACGACGGGCCGGCCGACGCCGAGCUGCCGCGGGGCGAGCGCGCCCGCCGCCGACCGCCCGAGCGCUGCUGCCGCCCCAGCCGGGACGGGGGCGCGGCCGCGGCCCACAAGGGGCCCCCCGAGCCGGAGCCGGAGCCGCAGCCGCAGCCGCAGCCGCAGCCGCGCGUCGCGCCCGCCGAGCCAGAAUUUAUAUUCAGAGCACCAAUCAAAUUAAGCAAGCCUGGAGAACUUUGUGAGGAAUAUGAAAGCCUGAGAAAGCUGAGAGAAGAAAAGUUACAAGAGGAGAAAAUCUCUGAUGAUCAAAUUCACAAGCUGUUACCCGAGGAUACAGAAACAGGAAAAAGGAAAAUGGAGAUACAGAAGAAAAGAGAUGAGCCUCUACUACUGAAAACGAAUUUGGAACGUUGUCCUGCACGUCUCUCAGAUUCAGAGAAUGAAGAACCUUCCCGAGGCAAGAUGACACAGACACAUCGCUCAGCGUUUGUUUCAAAGAACAACUCCUACUCCUUAGCUUUCCUGGCAGGGAAUCUGAAUUCUAAGGUGGAGAGGAGUCAAAGCUGCAAUGAUACUGCUCAGGACAGAGCGAAGAGCAGACUCAGAAGCACUCCUGCCAGUAAAGCCAAGGGCUCUACUCUGACAUCAGCCUCCAACCCCAUCAUCGGUGUUCUCUUGUCCACUCAGAACAAUCGCUGCCUCUCUGCGCCCGACUUAGCCAUGGAGAAGCGUCUGCCUUUCAGCUCCCUCUCCUCCCUGGCUUCCCUGCACAAGCCAGAGCGGUCUAUCAGCCCUGAGAGCAACGACAGCAUCUCCGAAGAGCUGAACCAUUUCAAGCCCAUUGUCUGUUCCCCCUGUACUCCUCCCAAGAGACUCCCUGACGGUGGUGUGCUCAGCCCUCUCAUCAUCAAAUCAACCCCCCGCAACCUAAAUAGAAGCCUGCAGAAGCAGACUUCUUAUGAGGCCAGUCCCCGGAUCCUCAAAAAGUGGGAACAGAUCUUUCAGGAGCGGCAGAUCAAAAAGACCCUUUCCAAAGCUACCCUCACAUCCCUGGCUGUAGACUCCGGGGAGGAUGUCCUCAGCUCAGACCUUAUUCAUUCCAGCAAGGAGAAGCCACUGCUGGCCUUCAAUGCCAGGCUGCCUGGCAGGCAGGGACUUCCUGAGUGUAUUGCACCUCUUGCUGCUGAUCUCGACCAUUCCCCCACAGUUAGCCAAAGGAAAGCACCACAGGGCAGCCAUGAUAACUCGAGCAUCGAGACACCAUCAGAGAUCCGCAAAGGAGGCACCUGUGUCGGGACUCUGGAGAGAGGGCAGAUGGAAGGGCCAUGGUCGACCCCCGAUGCCAAAUUAGAUAAGAUCUGCAUCAGCACGGCCAGGAAAGUCUUGUCCGUUAGUUCAGUGCCCCCCAAAACCAGUGUUUUAGGGGGGGUUCUGAAAACAAAGAAACAACAGAAGACGGCCAAUCAUUUUGAUCUGCCUAAUGGUCUCCUGGCAGACCCAGGAAGUGAGGAUCCUCUUCCUGCCUUGCGCAGGGGCCGCAAAAGACACUGUAAGACCAAACACUUGGAACAGAACGGCUCCCUUAAGAAACUGAGACAGAGUGCUGGCGAGGUGGGGCCAAGUCCCCCAGACCCAGCCGUUCUGGAGAGGGAACAGAAGCUGCAGCAGGAGGAGGAGGACCGGCGGCUGGCCCUGCAGCUGCAGCGCAGGUUUGACAGUGAGAGGCGGACUGUGAGUCGCCGCAAAGGGAGCGUGGAUCAGUAUCUCCUCCGAUCCAGCAGCAUGGCUGGGGCCAAGUAGCGCCCUACUGCUUUGUUACUUGUUUGUUUUGUUUUUGUUUUUUAAGAUGUCUUUGGGCCUGAUCAUUUUCCUUCAAAAGCCCGAGUAUUCUCAAUUUGGGCUUUGUUUUAUGGCAAAACACUGUCUAAUCUGGUUCUGCAUCUCUGCAACCGGUGGCUGUGUCAGAAGCACUUCUCCCCCCCAGGGAACCCACUCUGAGGGCUUCCAGAACAAGUCUAGCAGCACCCACCUGGAAUGAGAUUAAGGAGCAUGGAGGUCAGAGCUAGAAAUGGUUGCAAAAAGAAGGGAUGCUUUUUCAGUUUGGUUUGACCUCCUGACUUUCAGCAGGGUAUAGUUUUAAAUCAACUUUGCAGAUAAAAAAAAUUAGAUCCCUUUUAAAGAAGCAGAAUCAUGUAGCUCUUGAGCAGAUUGUUAUAUUCCCUUCUUUCCCCUUGCCAUAAGCAAGUAACUGAUGAAAUCAGUGAAGCAAAAGUUAAUUUACAUAAUAAUUGAUUAAUAGAGUUCACAGGUCACAGUCACUAUCAUUGU